AUGGAGACCACCAGCAGCACUCCAUCCUCUGUGACCCCCCCGUGGGAUGUGUUUCCCCAGAAGACGCUGGACUCCAUAGACAUUGCUGUUCUUGUGCUGUACUUCGUAUUUGUCCUCGCGGUUGGGCUGUGGUCCAUGUGGAAGACGCAGCGCAGCACUGUCAAAGGCUACUUUCUAGCUGGAGGGCAGAUGGUUUGGUGGCCUGUGGGCGCAUCCCUCUUUGCCAGCAACGUUGGAAGUGGCCACUUCAUCGGCCUGGCUGGGUCAGGAGCCGCUUCGGGAAUUGCCGCAACAGCCUACGAGUGGAACGGGAUGUUUUGUGUUUUGGUGCUGGCCUGGUUGUUCCUUCCAAUUUACAUAGCAGCAGGAGUUACUACCAUGCCGGAGUACUUACAGAAACGUUUUGGAGGCAAAAGAAUUCAGAUGUUCCUGGCGAUUCUCUACUUGUUCAUCUAUAUCUUCACCAAAAUAUCAGUUGAUAUGUACGCCGGGGCCCUCUUCAUUCAGCAAGCCUUACACUGGGACCUCUAUAUCGCUGUGGUAGGCUUGCUGGCCAUCACAGCCGUUUACACCGUUGCGGGUGGCCUGGCAGCUGUGAUAUACACAGACGCUCUGCAAACUCUCAUCAUGCUGAUCGGGGCUGUGACUCUCAUGGUCUUCAGCUUUGUUGAAGUUGGUGGUCUUGAAGGUUUGCAGACAAAAUACUUUGAUGCCAUUCCCAGCACCCGCAAGGAAAACAGUAGCUGUGGCUUGCCAAGAGAAGAUGCUUUUCACAUUUUCCGAGACCCUCUUAACUCUGACCUUCCCUGGCCGGGAGUUUUGGUGGGAAUGACCAUCCCAUCCCUGUGGUACUGGUGUACAGAUCAGGUCAUCGUUCAGAGGUCCCUUGCUGCUAAAAACCUCUCUCACGCCAAAGGAGGCUCCUUGAUGACCUCCUACUUGAAAAUUUUGCCCCUCUUUAUGAUGGUAAUGCCUGGCAUGAUCAGCCGGAUUCUAUUCCCAGAUCUGGUGGCUUGUGCAGAUGCAGAAAUUUGCCGAAAAAUCUGUGGCAACCCGUCUGGCUGUUCUGAUAUUGCUUAUCCUAAGCUGGUCAUAGAACUUCUGCCUGUAGGACUCAGGGGCCUGAUGAUGUCAGUGAUGAUAGCAGCUCUCAUGUCCUCCCUGACUUCCAUCUUUAAUAGUGCCAGCACCAUUUUCACCAUGGACCUCUGGAAACAUUUCCGUCCUCGUUGCUCCGAGUGGGAACUCAUGAUCGUUGGCAGGGUCUUUGUGCUGCUACUCACUGUGGUCUCCAUCCUGUGGAUCCCACUGGUGCAGGCUGGCCAGGGAGGGCAGCUCUUUAUUUACAUCCAGUCGAUCAGCUCCUACCUGCAGCCCCCCGUGGCAAUGGUGUUUAUACUGGGCUGCUUCUGGAAAAGAGCAAAUGAAAAGGGCGCAUUCUGGGGCCUGGUGAUCGGGCUGCUGCUGGGCGUCGUUCGGCUGGUGCUGGACUUCAUCUACCCAGAGCCCCAGUGCGGCGAGACCGACCUCCGACCAGGCGUGGUGAAGUACAUGCACUAUCUCUACUUCUCCAUGGUCCUGGCCGCGAUCUCCACGCUCACGGUGCUGGUCGUGAGCAUGCUGACAGAACCCCCCUCGGAAGAAAUGGUGCGUCACCCCUUCAGAUUUCUUUCGUUAUUUGUAAAUGGUUUCCAGGAUACCCCACGCUACAUCCAUGGGAAUAAUGUGGGGAUAAAUAAUCUGGAAAUGGAAGUUUCCAUUCAUUCUUUAUUUAUGAUCACACUUGCAAUAACCUGUAACAGCAAUCCCUCCUCGGCUCCAGCACCCUGCUGCCAUUUAAGAUUUUGGUCCCACAAAUCCAGAGUCCCACCCUGGAAACUGGGCAACAGUAGAUGCUGCAAAGAGCUGUUCUUAAGUUUCAAACAUGUGUGUUUAAUCUAUGACAAAUUAGCUUUUUCCCUCUAUUUUCCAAGAAAUUCCAGCUUCUGGGUCAUCUUUAUCAACUCUCUUACUAACUUAGUGAGGAACCAUUUUUACUCGCAGAAAAGAGAAAUCAAGGGCAGAGAGCACACUUCCUCUGGAACAGGUUUGUGCCAGUUUGACUAUUUUCAAUAG